GUCAAGAGACAUGAAUGAUAACAUAAGCUCCACGUCUGCGAGUAACGAAUCCAGAGUUGCUUCCCCCUGGAACAACGUAGAUGACCUCAUCACGUACGAAACGUUUCAGAAGUUCAACCUCUACGUGCAGUGCUUGAUCAAGCCGUUAGUUCUCCUGGUGGGCGUGCCAUCCAACGUGGUCAACUGUGUCGUCUUCUGGCGCCAGGGACUGCGGGACCGCAUGAACCUCUGCCUCUUCUGUUUGUCUCUGACAGACCUGCUCUACCUGAUCUUGGUGUUCGUGCAGACGGUUAUCGGGCCGUUUGUCGAGUUCGUGGACAUCUUGUUAGGGAAGGAGAUUUAUUAUAAAUGCGUUGUGUACAGCGGGUGGGUCUCCCAGGAGUUGCGGCUUCUGUCCGGGUGCAUCAGUCUCGUCAUCGGGGUGGAGCGGUGCGUGUGCGUCCUGUUGCCCCUGCGUGCUGUGUCCCUCAUUUCUUCCCGCACCAUGGGGUUGCUGUUGUGCUCUGUUUAUGUCAUCACCCAGCUAGGUUUUGUCACGAGCCUCAUGUCAUUUCAAGUCAUUGCUGUGCUUGACAGCAAGACGAGUAAGGUCCUGUACUGGACCACGGCGCCCACGGACGCGCUGAAGAACUACCGCAGUCUCUUCAACAUCAUUCAGAGGGUCCUCUUAGAAACCGUCCUACCUGUCUCGAUCUUCGUGGUGCUGUCCAUCACCACAGGUAUCACGGUGGCCAGGUUAAAGGCCGCCAUGUUGUGGCGGGAGCAGACGAGCUCCAAGGGUAGUGAUGACAAUCGUGGCCAACAGGUGGCGCUGACUAGGAUGCUUGUGCUUGUUUCAGUUGUGUAUAUAAUAACGGCUUUACCGUACAUCGCCUACACACUGGUUGCCGUCUUUGUUCCUGAGUUUAAUUUUGGCGGCAAGUACCAGAACAGCCUCUUUCUCGUCGCGCUGAUCUCCACGGUGUGCUCCAUGAUUAACGGUUCGUUUAAUGUUUUUAUUUACUACCGGCAGUCCUCCCGCUACCGGGCGGUGCUCCAGACCUUGUGUUGUUCUAACAGUCACGACAAACAGAAAAGUUUAAACUGUGACACUACGGUGACUUCCUUUGUGUCAAAAACGUAA